AAAAUGACCAUGUAAUAGUCAAAAUUUUCAGCCCAGGCUGAAAUCGCUUCAUGUAAUCAGCCCUUAAGAACCUUUCAAACUCGCAGGAUUAGCGAAACACACGAUUAACAUAACAACAAAUACAGUAUGCUUUACAUGCAUGUAUAUAUUAAACUUAGAGGUCACAAUAAAGUCACUACGCUUCACUGACGCGCAUAUCAGAUUCAAUACGGCUUGUCGCACAAACGUCAUUAUCAUGGUAAAAUUCUCGCUAAAAUCUGUCGCUCUAAAAUGGUAUUUCUUCAGUUGUUCAGGAUCAGUGGCACUGUUCUGUGAAUAUUUCAAUCUUUUUAUGAAACAACUUGGUUUCAACCCGGGACAGAUUGGAUUGACAACACUGUUUGGAAUACCGCAUCUACUCAUACCACUGUGUCUACUGUUCGGUGAGAAAUUUCGAGCAAGAAAGAUUGUCGCAGUAUUUGGUACCUUGGGAGCAUCAGUAUGUUGUAUGUUACCACUUUUAUCCCUGGUAGUACCAGCACUUCAGCCGACAUGCUAUACCAAACCAUACAUAGCAUUCACGUCUGCUAAGAAAGCAAUACAACUUAGAAACGGAACAGUGGAUUUGAACUAUUCAAGCUAUGCAAUCCGCAACAACAAAAAGCACUUUACAUCGACAAAGUCUCUUAAAGCGGUACAACACCAUAUCUUCAUUAAUAGUUCGGUCAAUAUAACCGCCAAUAACCCAUCUGCCUUCAUGAUCCACCAUACAAUUUCUCAUUUGCCAUUGAACAACAGCCCACUGAAUACCAUCUCAGUACAUUCACAGAAUUCAAACCCUACUGGAACCCGGAUAACUGGCUCGAAAACACACCAUUCCAAACCAUAUUUAACAUCAACGAACACCUUAACGUUACAAGUUCUCAUGAGUAAUAAUGGUCGAAUGUUCCCGAAGCAUCCCAAGGAUAAAACACUCCUGUCUGUCUCAAAGAUUCACCAUUCCGUACGAUUUAACAACACCGUCAAACCCAGCAAUCCAGUCAAACCAUCCUCCAUGACCCACACCUCACUGCCCCUGGCCAUGCUAAGUGCUUUAUUUGUACUCCUGACAGUUUCAAGAUCUCUGACGCAGCUUUUUGAGCGUGUGGACCUGUCUUUAGCAAACCUGGCUACAAUAACUUAUAUACAAGGAGAAAAUGCGAGUUAUGGCGUUUAUAGCAUGUGGGCCCAUAUAGGUUGUACACUUUCUAUUCCGUCUGUCGCCGUGCUAGCUUGGUACAUUCGGAUAAAUAUCUGUGGAGUUGAGAAGUAUGGGUAUUUCAUAAGUUUCAUAUGGGGAGGAAUUAUGUUCUUCCUUUCGAUGCUAUCCCUUCCUUGGUUUAAGUUUGAGUACAACGAGAAAAAAACGAUUAAUUGGUCCGGAGUUAAAGCUGAUGUGUUUAAUGCGCACUACAUUUUUAUGUUCGUGGUUCUGUUUUACGCUGGACUGUGUUUAGCGUUUCAAUCCUAUUGGGAAUUUUGGUACUUAGACGGAUUAUCUGCAAGCCCGUUACUAAUUGCCGGCGCAGUUUUAGUCCGAAGACCUAUAUUAGCGACGUCUAUGUUUCUAUCAACUCGUUUGAUAAGAAAGAUUGAUGAAUUAAAGACUAUUUGUGUGGCAUUGUUUCUUUAUGCGUGCUCGUAUUUGGCUCUAUCGUUCACACGGAUAGCCUGGUUGGUUAUUGUGAUUGACACAUGUCAAGCGACGGCUUAUGGUCUCAGUUAUUGCGCCUUCACAGUACUCUUCUCCAAGGCCGCAUCAAAAGAAAACGCAAGUGUGAUUUUUGGUAAGUGAAACCUCUGAUAAAGUGUGAUACCGUGGGGUGCGGGGGGCACUCCCCCCUCGCUAGAGAAGUCCAGCACCCCCGUAAAACAUCUGCAUGUCCAUACAUUUUCUGCUUAAUUUAGUUAAAUAUCAUGAUAAAAUAUGUAAACAUGUCGGGAUUGUUUACAUGCAGUCAUAUUUUCAAAUAUAGUGUAUUUUUACAAGCAAAUUUACCAUUAGUCACGCAUACGUGAUAAAAAGCCGAUAAAAACUUCAUAAACAAAACAUGAUGUAAUACGGCGAACAUGCAGAUUCGGCCAUAGCAAAUAAUGGUAAUUUGGGGAGCAUAGCCAUAGCGUUGCAGAUUGCAGAGGAGAGUGGGCAGUAAGGCUCCCUCAUUCAUCACCCCAUAGAAAACCUGCACCACCACUUGCAGAUGAGGAUAGAUCCGUCCCUCAGUGUGACCAGAUUUAAUAAAACGUAUUUUACUUUAGCAAUUAAAUUCUCUCGAUGGCAUGGAGAACAUUAAUCACUGAUCUGAAAUUAUGACUAGACUGAGUGUCCUUUUGAACUGAAUCUGCCAAUUUUGAAGCCAUGAUAUUUAUAAAAACGUGAUCACGACGUGUUUAAAAUUAACUACAUUAUCAAGCAAUUGUAUUUUCCUAUGUAAUUUGAACGAUAUAGCUUCCCACAUCUCUUCUAACGAGUUUUAGAACGUUUUAAACACUAGAUGAUGAGACUUGUGGCAGCCAUCUUGGUGUGACCUCAUUUAUAGUUAUUCACGGGAAAUUUUAAAGGGGAAAAGAGCCCACUGUUGAUAGAUUUUAUUCAGACAAUGUUUAUUCUUUCCCACUGAUAACCAGAAACUGUUCACUAUUGUUAUUGCAAGUGUUAUAUAAAUCAACACCUUCCAAAAUUAUUUUGAAGUAAUAAAUUCAAUUUUUCAUCCUUUUAGGCCUACUAGAGACAGUCUACGCUGUAGGAUUUGAGACCGGAUCGACUGUGAUGGGAAUUCUUUUCCACAUCUUGGGCACACAGCUAACAUUACUCAUCUAUUCAAUAUCAUCUACUGUAGUGCUUCUUAUUCUACUUCUGUACAUUCGCUUUUCAACAAGUCUGCAUAAAUAUGAAAAAGUAGCUCAAGACAGUGAUGUGGAAUAACAACGAUAGCAACGACAGCAAGAACAGAAAAAAAAAACUAGAGUAGAGAGCACUCGGAGACUGGACUCGGAAACUGCAUUGAGUAAUUAUCCAAUUGACGACUUGCGCUUUAGACUAAAUUUUAAUCUAAGUAAGAACAACGAAAUCUAUCAGCACAGCUAGAAAGAACGUCUUGGAAUUAGUAAUAUUAUAAAGUUUGGUUGCGAAAUGUUGUAAAAUACGGAAAAUAUAGGCCUUCAAAGUUGGCAAAUUUGUAUACUUUUGUAUUACGUGCGUGAAUUGGUAACUAAAUUAGUUACCAAUUUCCUCACGUAAUAGUAUACAAAUUUGCCAACUUCGCAGGGCUAUAUUUUCCGUAUUUUACAACAUUUCGCAACCAAACUUUGCAGUUUUUCUAAUUUUGAUAACUUCUUUCCAAAAAUAUCCUUUGUUAUUCCCAGAUUAAAAAUUUUUCCAAAGCGCAAGUCGGCCAUUAAUAUGUGAGAAACUACAGGAUGUCCCCCAAAAAGUCCCCCUUAGACAUCACUCUUGUGCGUUAUUAUACCUUUGGGAAUUUAAUUUAAUCGUACAUAAACGGCGGAAGGUUUACAACUUCCCUUCGUCCAAAUAAUUGAACAUUUCGGUUAGACUUUAUGACUUGUUACGACAAAUACUCGUUGCUCUGUAGUCAGUUCCACCACUUACUCGAACCAUAGGCAGCUCAAAAAAGCGUGUUAAAUUUUUUACCCUCGCGCAUGGCGCUCGGGCACAGAAUAGAAAAUAGACCAGAAGUCUCACUUAGCCAAAAUUAUGUUUAACAAAAGAGUGAUUUCUAUAGGGGGACUCCCCCCCCUCAAAAAAGUGACACAACAGAAAUUAUCCUAUUGUUAAGCCUACCGCACACCAGAGAAACAUGCUGAGCUAACCACCUCGCCUGGCGGCUAUAGCUCAGCUAUGCAUUUUCACCGCACACGUUGGGAAAGCUUCUUAACAACAACAUAAUCGACAAAAUCGUUUGCAUUUUCCUCCAUU